UAUUGGGCGGGAUUUUCGGCGGUCAAACACUUAAACGGGUCACACACUAAUUCCCCAUCCGGAUAAGGCCCGACCCGGACCGACCCGUAUGCAUCCGCCGCCGAUGAAACUUUCUAAAAUUUUCAGAGAGAUAAAAACAGUCGUAGAGCUCUCAAACCUUUUUCCCUCUGCGCGCGAUAAUUCAUCCUAGAGAGAGACACAGAGAGAGAGAGAGAGAGAGAGAAGUGGUCCGAAGUCUGAACUUCGCCUUUUUCUCUCCACAACUCUACUGUUGUCCAUCAUCAUCAUCACCAUUCAGUAUCCUCGCCGCAUUUCUUUCUCUCUCCACCUAAAAUCCAGAAUUUUUUGCUUUUCUCUAUUUCGAAAUCUUCCAUUUUUAUCUCAUCCGUCAACAGAAGCAACUGAGAAGAGAAUGAGCGGAGACGGGGUUUGAAGAUAGAGUCACUGCUUUUGAUUCGGAUUUCGUGAAGGUGAGCUCCGUAGUAAAGUUUGUUUGUUGCUUUCUCUACAUUUUCUGUACUUCAAAGCAACGUAAAAUUGAACGUACACACUGAAAAUCCCUAUAUUUUGAGUGCUGCAAAAUCCUGUUAUCGUGCAUAACUAGUGAUACGUGAAUGCGAGGCGGGAAUUUUCCUGAAUUUCAAUGAGGUUGCCGCAGAAAUGGUGGAUCGGUGGAGCAGGGUAGGUUUAAUUUUUGUAGCUUCAUUUUUCUUUCUGUUUGUGCAUACAUUGGAGCAGCAAUUGCUGGUGUCAAGGCAAGAGAGAUUGGCUUUGAUUCAACUGAGAUCUUCGUUAGGGUUGAAAGCGAGGUAUUGGCCUAUUAAAUCCGACCCGUGCACUUCAUGGGCGGGUAUACAAUGCAUCAAUGGCAGGGUUACAGGAAUCAAUAUAUCAGGGUUCAGGAGAACUCGGAGGGGAAGUCGAAAUCCUCAAUUUUCAGUGGAUGCACUCCGGAAUUUGACCCUGUUAUCCUCAUUCAACGCCUCGAAUUUUGCGUUGGUGGGGUCGAUUCCCGACUGGUUCGGGUUGCAGCUGCCUUCACUCCAAGUGCUUGAUCUUAGGUCUUGUUUUAUCAAUGGUGCUAUUCCAUUGACUCUUGGCAAUUUGAGCAGUGUAAUCGGAUUGUAUUUGUCUGAUAACAAUCUUACAAGCGUGGUUCCGCCUAGUUUAGGCCAGUUGGUUGGGCUUUCUAUGCUUGAUCUUUCGCGGAAUCUCCUCACUGGGUCCAUUCCACCUACAUUUGGUGAUCUUGGAAACCUCACUUUGCUGGAUUUGUCUUCAAAUUUUUUAUCUGGAGCAAUACCCGCUGGCAUUGCUACUUUGUCAAGGUUGCAGUUCUUGAAUCUUUCAGGAAACAGCUUGUCGUCUUCCAUACCUGCUCAACUCGGUAAUCUUUCUGGUCUGGUUGAGCUUGAUCUUGGAUUUAACUCUCUGUCAGGGCCAGUACCUGUGGAUUUGAGAGGGUUGAAAAGUUUGCGACGUAUGGUGCUUGGGAACAAUUUUCUUUCAGGAUCGCUGCCUGGUGAUCUGUUUUCUUCUUUGACUCAGUUGCAGUUUGUCGUAUUGAGUCAUAAUGGUUUUAGUGGGGAACUUCCGGUUGUGCUGUGGUCAAUGCCCUCAUUGCUGUUCCUUGAUGUGUCUGUGAACAACUUUACUGGUUUGCUGCCCAAUGUGAGCUCCGCCGCUAAGGCCACUGCUGCCUUAUUUAAUGUUUCUCUGAAUUUAUUGUACGGACCUCUUACACCUGUAAUUGGAAUGUUUAAUUUCACUGACUUGGCGGGCAAUUAUUUUGAGGGUCCAGUUCCUAUCUAUGCACGCGGCAACACAUUUCUUAGUAGGAACUGCCUCCAAAAUGUGUCUGAUCAGAGGGUUGCAACAGAUUGUGCCUCAUUCUAUGCGGAUAGGAACCUGUCAUUCGAUAAUUUUGGAGAGCCUAAGACCACUCAACCUAAAGCUUCUCCAGAGUCCAAAAAUAAGAGCCACAAGUCAGUUACCAUUUUAGCUUCUGUUUUGGGAGGUGUUGGGCUUCUUGCGGUUGUGAUAUUGAUUGUUGUACUGCUGAUCAUAUGCAAGCGAAAGAGGGUGACAACAAAUCAAAGGAGUAAUGGCGUGGGGCCUGUUCCAGCUGGUGGAAGUUCACCACCCCCGGGAGUCUUAGUGAACUUUUCAACUCUGGGAGAUGCAUUUACAUACCAACAGAUCCUUCAAGCUGCUAGUGAAUUCAGUGACGCAAAUCUUGUCAAGCACGGUCAUUCUGGUGAUCUCUUUUCCGGGAAACUUGAAGGUGGAAUCCCUGUAAUUAUUAAGAAGAUAGAUUUGCAGUCAUCAGUCAAAAGGGAAACAUACAUGUCAGAGUUGGAAAUUUUCAGCAAGGUUUCCCAUCCUAGGCUGGUCCCUCUCUUGGGGCAUUGUUUGGAGAAUGAGAAUGAGAAGUUUCUUGUUUACAAACGCAUGCCAAAUGGAGACCUGUCCAGUUCUUUGUUCAAGAAAAGGAAACCAGAUGAUGACAGUUUACAGUCAUUGGACUGGAUAACCAGACUUAAAAUUGCAAUAGGAACUGCUGAAGGUCUAUCUUACUUACAUCAAGAAUGUACUCCGCCACUUGUUCACAGGGAUGUUCAAGCCAGCAGCAUCCUGCUUGAUGAUAAAUAUGAAGUACGGUUAGGAAGCUUGAGUGAGGUUUGUGCUCAAGAAGGAGAGUUUCACCAAAAUAGGAUCACAAGAUUGCUACGGUUCCCGCAGACUUCGGACCAAGGUGCUUCAGGUUCAGGUACGCCUAAUGCAGCGUGUGCCUAUGAUGUGUACUGCUUUGGGAAGGUAUUGCUCGAGCUCGUGACUGGUAAACUGGGCUUGAGUUCAUCCACCAACACCACCACGAAGGAGUGGCUGGAAGCAACAUUACCGUACAUUAGUAUAUACGACAAGGAGCUAGUCACAAACAUUGUGGACCCUUCAUUAAUCAUUGAUGAGGAUCUCCUGGAAGAAGUAUGGGCAAUGGCAAUUGUCGCGAGGUCUUGCCUCAAUCCGAAGCCGACAAGGCGUCCCCUGAUGCGCUACGUCCUUAAAGCGUUGGAAAAUCCUCUCAAGGUAGUAAGAGAAGAGCACGCUGCUUCUGCAAGGCUCAGAACCACAUCCUCUAGAGGGUCAUGGAAUGCUGCUCUAUUUGGGAGCUGGCGGCAGAGUUCUUCAGAUGUGGCAGCUGCACCAGCAGCAGCCGCCAUGUCCCAUAAAGCUGAAGGCGGCAACAGUUUCAAGCAGUCAGGAACAACGGGGUCUACAGGGAGCGGGCGGAUUGGUUCGUCCUCAAACAGACGGCAUUCGAAGGAGAUCUUCCCCGAACCCGUGGAUGUAGAGAGAGGAGGCGGGAAUUAAAAAGAGAAGGUGGGGCGAUGGAUAGUUGUUCAUGGUUUUCGAAAUAAAGGCGGGAUGUUUUGCUGUGAGGUUUGGCCUCUCCUUCCAGCCUGCUCUCUCUGUACAUUCUCCUCCAAUUGAUGUUUUCUUCCAAGUCGCUCUCUUACAAACAGAGUUGCUUAUAAGUUUAGGGACUCUUCUGUUUUUUAUUUUAUUUAUUAUCUGGGAGAGCUUCAACAAAGCAUGGAAUGGAGAGUGAUUGAUUGUUCGCUGUUUAUUUUUGUCGGAAUUGUAAAUUAUUGAAUUGGACAUGUGGUGUUCUCACUUCUCAGUAGGAAGAAGGGAGAAAUCUCCGACAUUAUAUUGUCAGAAAUCUGAAUCAAUUUAUCAAUGAAAAUUUUGAAUAAAAUGCAGCUAAAAUUUUCCGAGUGGAAAA